GCUUCCUGCAAUCCUGCUGUCUAUAAAAGAGUUGAUGUACAGUGCAGAAUUUGUGUAUUACUUUUGUUGAGUAUGGCUGUGCUUGCUGAGGCAGGUCAUGGCUCGCUACGCUUUGGUGAUACUGUUCUUUUUCUUAUUAAGACAAAAGAUUAUCAAGGCUAUGUUUACUCUGAGCUUUCAAGCUCUCCCUUUUUAACUGUGUACAACUUGAAAGAGCAUAAUGAGAAGAAUCCAGAUUUUCCAAACAUUGCUUUUGCUUCUUUUAAAAUAAUGGCUCCGAACAAAUACAAAGCAAAGCAGCAACUAAAGCAGGCCCAACUAGAUCCUGAGAGUCAAGAGCAUCGCAAUGCUGUGCAUGCUUUUGAAAUGGAGGAAGCAGAAAAUAAACUUGAACAGAAGAGGCGGUUUGGCAGUCCAGUUUUAUAUGGUGAUUCAAUUCAACUUCAACAUGUUGCUUCAAAAAAGUUUGUCAAAGUUUGCUCUGAAGCUUCAAAGACACAGAGCAACAACUUGCUUGUCAGUUUGUCAGAAGAAAAUUUUGAAGAAUGCAUUUUUAAGAUAUUACCACGUUACAAAGUUCGUUCAGAAGGAGAUGAAGUUAGAUAUAAUGAUCAGUUGAAGAUUGAAAAUAUUAAGAAUCAGGGACAGUACCUGCACUGUAGUGGACCGAAUCACACACUGGAAACUGCAAGAUUCAAUGUCCUUACAGACUGUUUUGAGUUAAACUUGUCAGCAACAGAAUCAGCUUUAACUCUCAUUCCUCAUUACUCUCCUUCUGUAAACAAGCAUCCUGACAAGGCACUCAGAGCUGGUACUUGUGUGAGGUUAUUUCAUAGUGUGGACGAAUGUUACAUUGUUGCUGAAGGCUCAUUUGCUUUUGCUAAAGAAUCAUUUGCUUCCCUUAAAGGAACAAUAGUUAACGAAAGGAGUGAUCCUAUCAUUGAAGAUGUCCAUUGCCGAGUGAGAAGAGUUGACUCAAGGAAACAUAAUGCACCUUCCACCUCCUCUAACACUUACUGGCAGAUUGAAAAACAGGAAGACCCCAGAAGUGGUGAUGUUAUUGCUUGGAUGGACAGGUGUAGGCUCAAGCAUCUUCCCACUAGAUGUUAUUUAGCAGUCGUGGAGGAUAUGGGUCAAUGGAAAGUCACUCUUAAAGAAAAGACAAGUGAUAAUGAUUUGGACACAAUUUUUAGCUUCUCUCCUCUUAUAGAGGAAGGUGAGGAGGUACUGUUAGAAUCUUAUGCUCUCAUUCAACAUCGUCGCAGUGGACAAUGGCUUCAUUUAGAAAAGAAAAAUUCUUACACAAGGAAAGGCUUUGAUCCUAAAGCUGAAGGUUUGGCUGGUCUAGAGUGGGACUCUGCUGAAUUAUUAAUGCUCACUACACGCAAAGAUAGAGGAGACUAUGACUCUUUCACAUUACAAGAGGUGACUGAAGAUUUGGUAGACAAGUUCAACUAUGUGGCUGGUAUAGUCCCUGUGCUUACUGGAUACAUUAAACAACUUCACAGUAAGACAGAAGGCAAGCAGAAGCAGUUGGUGCGAGUGAAGAAUGCAUUGGUUGAUUUAAAAAAUUGGAUAUCAGAUCAUAAGGAGAAAAACAGGAAAAACAAUCAGAAGCUUCUUAGAAAUUUGAGGGUACUUGAGCAACUUCAUGAAAUUUUAAAGUUUGCUGAAGAUAUUACUUUCAAAGGAUUAAGUCUUCAUAUUACUAUUUGUUGUGAGUGUUACAAUGUUAUAAAGAUAUUCCUUGAAGGAGACAGUCGCAAGAAUGAAAACUAUCUUGCUCGGUUUAUAGCGUUCUUUCAGCAACAUGUUCGGAAAAAACUUAAUGCUGAAGAAGUUCUUGUUGAAUUUGUUCAAAACAAUAUCACUAUUGUGUCAAAGAUGGCAGACACACAGCUGAGUCACAUGAUUGAACAGUUUUUGAGUACAAAGGAUCCAAAGCUUCUUGAUUUUCUAGGGUCUCUUUGUGUUUGUAGCAACAGACCUAUUCCAUCCACACAAAAUCGUUUAUUGCAAGAAUUGGUAAAAAGACAUGGAGAAGAAAAGUUUCUAAAAACUAAACUUGACAGAGCUAGUCAGGAAAUAUAUUGCUAUUAUUCUUCCUCUCCUGAUCAACGUGUUUCACUCAAAGCACUCAGUAAAGAUAACAAUGAAAAAUUUUACCAUCUCCUCAAGGGUCAACUAUACUUAAUGGCAACAUUGUGCCAAGGAAACAAUAAAAAAGCUAUCAGUGCAUUGGUCCACACUGAGGAGAAUCCUGAUGGAUACAUUAGCUUUGAUGAAGCCAUCACUUGUGCUAAGGAAACUGACAUUGACAGCAAACUAAGAAAAUACUAUAUUAAGCUAAUAUUGGUUAUGUUUGUUGAUUGUGGAAAUAACAGAUCAUUCCUUGAUAACCUUUGCUACUCAUUUGUGUAUGAUGAUCUAGUACAAGUUCCUUAUUCAGAGUCUGGUGGUAGCCAAGUUGAGGCAUUAACUGGAGCAGAGAAUGAACACUUUCCUGCUCUUAAGGACUGGAUACUGGACACAAUCUCCAAUAACACAAAUCUCCGUUGUGAAUCUAAAGAGAAUUCCUUAUUAAAACUUGUGUUGGAUGUUUUGGGACAUUUGGUUCGUUAUGGAUACUAUGAUGAUAUUCAAGAUGUGGAUGAUCUUUUGGGUCCACUCACUGAGUUGCUAAAUGGUAAAACAGAUUUACCAUCAGAAAGAAAAAUGUCUGAAGUGGAUUUUAAAAGUUCUACUCGUAAGAAGGAUAUGCCUGAGAAUAAAGGUGUUUUUGAUGUUAAAGUCAAGGCACUUGAAGUUAUGGAACUGCUUUACCGUUUCAAAUUUUAUGUCAAACUUCAAAAAUUCAUGUAUGAUUUCCAGCAAACACAGAAGCCUGAAAGGAAGGGUAGAAUUGAAGCAAUCAUUGAUGAGUUGACUCCUGUUCUUCUGGAUACUUUAUCUAAACUUGUUGAUACUGAUUCUGAAGAUGAUGAUGAGAAUGAUAAGAAGUUGUACUCUCGUGAGAUUAUGGGUGCUGUUCAGGAACAUAUUAAUUAUUUGUGUGAUGGUAAUGCAAAAGGAGGAGGGUUUGCUCCACCAAAUGCUGGUGGUCUUUCACUUGAAUUAGUUCUGUUAGAUCUUUCUGGGUAUGAAUGUGAUGAAUUGGUUACUGGAUCUCUUAAUCUGUUGACUCAUAUGUAUUUCUUUGAAGAGGAGCUAUUUAGUAAAGCACAGCAGACUCAGUUACUGAAGUGUGAUAGGUCUUUGAAUGACUAUAAGACAGUUAAGAAUAAAAUUCUUCCUGAUUUGUGGCAGUUAUUACGUGUUGAUGCCAGUGGACCCAAUCAAGAGAAACUUGUGUCAAUACUCAGACAGUUACAAUCUUUAUGCGUUUUUUCAUCAUCACAUUUACCUAAUAAGCAAAAUCAGAUAAUGUUGGAUAACUUUGGCAUUGUCUCUGACAUUAUGAGUUUUUUGUUUGAGAAAAGUGAUGGCAGAGUGCUACUGAAGCCUGCAGCCCAAGGCGACAGUUCUGGUUCUGUUGGUGAAGAUCUACAUGUAUUCAAUAAUUGUUUCCUUCUCUUGCAAUAUCUAUCUAUUGAUAAUAUGAAAGUAAAGAAGAGAAUAUUUAGCAGACUUGAUGAUUUGCUUCAAAUGAAGUUACCAAAUACAACAUUGCCCUUUUUAGCUGAUUUAAUCACGGAAGUGUUCACUGGAGGCCCUGAACUAAUAAUGAAAGUUAAAGAUGAUCAAAUUGAGAAGAUAUUUGAGAUUAUAAUUUCCUGUAACUAUCCCAUGGCUCAGGCUCAAUUUUUAGUUACAUUAGAAGCUAUUGUUAAGAUAGAAGAAGUUGAUUUACCAUUAGGACAGAAUCAAGCUACUAUUAUUAAUAAUUUUUGUAAAUUAAGAGAAACCGUGGCAUUUUGUCCUGAUUUGUUAGGAAAGAGUUCUACACUUCGAAUUGAAAUAUUGAAUUCUAGUGAAGGGUCUUCUUGUCCUGAUCCUAGGCUUCAGCUGUUACUUAAUUUGACUGACAUGUUGGCAGCUUGUGCUGAAGGAGGGGAUUUGUUUAUUGAAUCUGUUUUUCAGAAUAUAUUUGGAAUUGAUGACCUAAUUGAGAUUAUUUCCAGUGAACUUCCUCCAAAUUGUAAAAGACCUUUUCUUCGAUUCCUUACAAUAGUGUAUAUGAAUACAGAUGGUGAUAACAGCAGUUAUCAAAAUUCAUUGAGUCAUGGAGCAUUAAUGUGGGCGUAUUUGAGUCAUUUGGCUAAUCUCCUCGAGAAUGUUUCUAAAGUCCUCAGUUGUACUUCAUCAAGUGAUAUAAAAAUUUUGAAACAAGACCUUCAGACUAAUUCACGACAUAAAGUCUCACAGUCUUCCUAUCCACCAACCACAUCUGCUGCAGAGCCAGUACCAAGUAUAGGUAUUGCUGAAAUACCUAAUGUGACUGAUUCUCAUGGUCAUCUUGUUCCUGGUUUAUUGGAAUAUCUAGCUGAUGGGGUUAUCCCAUUCCUGCAUACAUUCUAUUCUCAUUUUUAUGAUCCUAAUUCAGCAAAUCAUCUUAAUGAUUGCACCAUUUCAGCAAAUAUUUUGAGAAGCCUUGUGGAUCUGAGUAAAGAUUUGACUGCUGUUCUUUUCUCAGACAAGCAUGUUUACAUGUUUCAAGAAACAAUUAGUGCUUUAAUGAAUUAUUCUGAGAUACGUGAGAAAUCUACUGUCAGCAAAGAGCAAUCAAUUCAUACAAUUGAAUUUAUUGGAGGAAGAGCACCAAGAAAAAUGACUUCCAGUGUGAAGCAAUCAGAGAAAACUGAUUCAGCAGCUUAUGAAGAAUUUUUAGAGGAGUAUGCAGAACAAGAGAAAUUAAACAAAUUGUUUAACUGUUUUUCUCAACGCUAUCACUGUUCAUAUAUGGGGCCCAAUACUGCCAGUCACCAAAUAGGAUCUACUGUACACUGCAAAAUUGAAUAUAGUGAUGAAGGUGAAGAAUUACCAAUGGGAGCCAGUUUUCAGGAACUUAUUAAAAUUUAUCAUAUUGAUAAAUCCUGUUCAAAAAAGCAUCCAGCCGAGAGGUUAUUGAAACAAAUAGAGAUAUCUGUCAGUCGAUCUGAUCAGUUAGGUGAAGCUGAACAAAUGAAUCAAGACAAAUUAGAUUUACGAUGUUUGCAGAUAUUAAGAGCUCUGAUACAUAAUAAAAUCAAGCAUAUUGAUCCAGAGUUGAAACAAAGGGAUCCUAAAGAAUUCAGAAAGAAAUGCAAAGAUACUGUUGUUCCAGUUCAGGAGUCUAUUCAGUCAUUCAACAAUGCUAUCAGUCGUGUGAUACCUUUACUUUUGCAUCCUGAUGAGAAAAUAUCAAAGGAAGCCCUGGCUCUAAUGAAGGCUCUCCUUUUCUCAGGCAACAAGGAAGUACAGGAAGGACUAAUUAAAGCUGUCAAGCAGUCACAUGAAGAGAAGUUGUUUCUCAAUUUUAAAAAAAGGCUGGAGGCUGCUAGUCUAAACUUCAAGGAAAUUGCGGAAUUAAAGGCUCAAUUAAAGAAACGAAAGAAGUUGCAGCGCUAUUCUUCCGCUAGUCCUCCUGUUUCAGCAAGGCUUACUGGGGAGCAUGCAUCCAUUGGUUUUGAAUCAGAAGCAGCUGUUACAUACACAUCGGGCAAAGAUGUGAUAAUACCAAUGGAAGAAAUUGUUGGUGCUCACGAAGAUGAAGAUCCACUGUUAUCUACUGGAUCUAUAAAAAGAUCUAAAGCUAGCGGAAUAGCUUCACCAGGUUUGGAAAGUGCAACUGAAUUGAACAGAAACGCUGAGUUUAAACUGUUGUCUGAUAUACUCCAUCAUGAUGCUUUGUGGAUAAAUUUGGUGCUUGAAGUAAUUGGCCUAAUGUGUGAUGGACAGAACAGAACUCUACAAGAUUAUUUAAGAGAACAGCUUGAUAACUAUAGAACAAUCAAUGUAGUUGCCGAAGUUGUUGCCUUCCUCCACACAUUUGCUACAGAUCUCUCAUUAACUAAUCUAGAGCAGAUUAGCACUGUUAUUCAGUCAUUGAUUGAGCUGUCUCCUCCAAAAUAA